CUUUCUUUUCACGUGCAGGAGGUAUAUAUGGAUGAAUUUGCCGCCGAAUGUUUGGACCGAUAUGGGAACGGGUCCAGUACAGAGAGUUCGUCAUCUAACGAUGUCGCCAUUUGGCCUCUUGCUGUACAAAAUGCCGCCGGUUUCAAGGAAAUAACUGGCAAAGAAUCUCGAAAUUAUAAGAAAUGUUUGCAAAACCAUCAUUAUUCAACAGACGCUUAUACUGAAUCAAUGAGGACACCUAUGGCAGAAUUGCUGAAGCAAAACUUGCAAGUGGAACCCUCACCAGUGAAAGAAGCAUGUGAACAUAAAGAUAACUGGAAGAGAAAAUUCGUUAACUGUGUUGAAAGGAAAAUAAGGAAGAAAAGCAUGUCACUCAUAAAAGAAAUAAAUCUACUAUAGAAAUGUCACUUUCAGUAUACAAAAAUUAAUAUUAGAAAUAAAAUGAU